AUGGAAUCGUUGACCCUCAAUCACGCACAGUGCAAGAUCACUCUGCUCACGUGCAAUUACAUGAUGAUGAGUGACGAUCGCUUGGCAGGGUUUCUCCUGCUCUUCCUGGCCACGAUACCAGCAUCAUGGGGGGAUGUGAGCCACCUCGCCUUCAACGGUGUCAACAAUCACUUCUCUGACGACAUCAGCCUUCUCAGGAAUGCCAUCCGCGGCGAGCCGAACGUGGACUAUCCGAUCUACAGCUUUCCACCACAGACGAGUUUCACAUGCGCAGGCCGGCACGACGGCUACUACGCAGACACGGAGACGAGGUGUCAGGUGUUCCGAGUGUGCGCCAACACGGACUUGACUGGCCGUGGCUUCGCCUUCCUCUGUCCCAAUGGCACACUUUUCAACCAGCGGCACUUCGUCUGCGACUGGCACUACAACGUCAACUGCGCCGAGAGUCCUGCCUUCUAUGCCAAGAACGAGCAGCUGGGCAAGCGGAUUGAGAGUCACGAUCACAUGAUGACCAUGGUCAAGUACAUGCAGAACUUCGUGAUGGCGCAGGGCUUCGGUCAGGCGCAGCCCUCAGUCAGCCAGAGUGGAUCCGCUGUCUUCAAUGCCGGCGGAGGAUCAACAGGAACCAGCAACUUUGGCGCCAGUCUUUCCUCUCACGCCGGAGGAUCAUCCUUCGGCCAAGCCUUCGGGGACUCUUCCUCGUCAGCCACGAACUUCGACGCUUCCUCCAAAGCUCAUCAGAAAAUCUACGUCUCAAAUCUCGGGGAGCUGUCAACGGAACCAGGAUCAGGAUUUGAUCUCUCCAAGUCCAAUAUUAUCAGCCACAAUCUCGAUUUCCAGCAAUCUGGCGCCUCAAACACAUUCCAAGGAGCAGACUUCAGCGGUGCAGGCCACUCGAAAGUGAGCUCUCAUCUGCAAGGAAAGUUGAACGCUGUCUUCUCGGGAACUGGAAAUCUCAUUGGAUUCGGAAGUCACACUCCCAAUGGCAAAUUCUCCGGUUCUGCCAUUCAGUCAAACUCCAUCUACUUACCUCCGCGCCCUCAGAACACCUACAUUCCGCCUGCUCAGCACACCUACACUCCUCAGCGGGUCACUCCUCAAGUCUUCACGCCCGCGAACGCAGGAAGUACGAAAGUGUCCCCCUCUUUUCCCGGCAAUUUGGUAACAACGCCCCCAAGAGUGGUUGUCACCACUCCGCCCACGACUACCGCUCGCACCACAGAAGCUCCUCUCCUGGAUAUCCGCUUCGGCGAUGAUGAGACCACUCAGAAGACGCAGAAGCCUCUGAAUAACGCAAAUCCUCCAUCGAUGUACUUCUCUCUGCCUCUGGAUCCAGUGGAGAUCAAAGAGAGGGAGCUCAAGAAAUUGGGUCUUCUGCCAAGCGCCCGAGAUCAGGACUCCGCAAAGGAAGGAAGUGCUUUCUUCCCUCAGCGAGUUCAGUUCACGUCCAGACUGAAUCCUAAUGCGCUGCCUCUGCACACUGGAUUCUCCACUCCGGCGCCCUUCUACCAAACUCCUCAGGCCACCAGCUUUAGCAACCGCUUCGACUCGAAAGUGGCCAAUCAGAGAGUGACGGACAUUCAGAUCAUCCCUGCCCAGGGCUACUACUUCAACGAUCCCAAUGAGCGGAAGCAGUACUACGACGCUGUAGCGCGAGGACUCUACGACAAUCAUAGAAGCGGCUAUGUCUACAUCAGGCCGCAAUUCUCACAAUUCCAGGAAGUGUCUCCGCGCGCCCAGCGCUUCCCGACUGUGUCGCAGCAGCACGAACUGCAGCAUUCUGGCUCACAGGCCAGCCCGCUGAAAGUCCUCGAGGCCAGGGACACGGAGAGCAGCAUCUUCAGGGGAUUUGACUCGUACGCCGCGCCUCUCAGUCACGUGGGUCGGCUUCCGACGGACACCCUCUAUUCCCAGUCUCCACCCAGAAACUCCUUCUCAUCCUUCUGAGGCUACCCAGCCCAUCCUCAUCAUCCCUAGAGCCUAAUUUAGCAUUUAAUUAAAUUCUUUGCCAUUUUUUGUCACACACACUCGAGAUAAAUAAA